GGGUGAAUCCUACUACACUAUCGGGUCAUGUGGUACACACAAUCACACUCUAUCCCUCUGAUCCUUCAAGCCCUCCCGUUUCCCUCCGUCUCUCACUAAGGCCGAGCACAGUGAGGGAGGGCAAAAAUGCCUGAGCUCAGAGAGAGAGUGAAGAGCCGAGUGACUAAGAGAAGGAGGAAAGGCUGUGAGCAAUCUGAGUCCAGAUUACCACCAAAGCAGGAGCAGAGCGGACAGAAAUACAGGAAUACAAGCUCUCCUAUCAUAUUCUCUACUUGUGUCAAUUUAAAAGGAGAAAAGAAGAGGAUUACAAACUCAAAGGGUGAAAAGAGGAGGAGGGAGAAAACAAAAGCAGAGGAGCAGAAGUAAUGUGUUACCAACAGCGAGCGUUUCAGAGGACAGUGUUGUCAUAGAUGAGGAGGUGAUGCGUGUGAGCGUGUGGGUUUGCAACACAGCAGCGACAAAGGUGAUGUGUGUGUAAAGUGAACCCCCCUUACCUACAAAUCCCCAACACCGUCUACUGAAACUUGGCCUGAGGUUUUGCAAGCCAUGGUGAGGACCGGGAGCUAGCUGAUAUCCUGCUGAACACUAUGGCCCAGGCUAAAGAGAAGAGAGAUGGCAUAUUGUCAUCCAGUGAGAACAGGUGUCGGCCACUAUCAUCAAGCGAGGUGGAGGGCGUAUUGUGGCACGGCCCACGAACAAUUUUUCUGCAGAAGAACUCACAGGGGUUUGGCUUUACUCUGCGGCAUUUUAUUGUCUACCCACCAAAAUCCUUCCUCAAUAACCUUAAGGAUGAAGAGAAUGGAAAUGGAACUAGAAAAGGUUGCCAGAGGUCUUGGUUGGAGCCAAUGGACACAAUCUUCGUGAAGAGUGUGAAAGAAAAUGGUCCCGCCCAACAAGCUGGACUGUGUACAGGGGACAGACUGGUGAAGGUGAACGGGCAGAGCAUUCUGGGGAAAACCUACUCUCAGGUUAUAGCACUCAUCCAAAACAGUGAAAACAUUCUGGAGCUCUCUAUUAUGCCAAAAGAUGAGGAUGUGUUGCAGUUGGUAAGUGCAUACUCCAAGGAUGCCUACAUGAAAGGCAAUGAGCCAUACUCAGGUAAAGCCCAAAACCUCCCUGAGCCACCACCUCUUUACCACCGGACAAACAAGCCCAGCUCUACUUCCUCACAGACUAGCCACAACAUUCACAGCUCCCUUGACAACUGGCAGUGUCGAACCAGCCCUGUCAGCCCACCAUUAGACAACCGCCCCCCUGCUGCUUCUACUCUCCCCGUGUGCUGGUUCAGGAGUCCUGAGGAUCCAAGCAUUCGAUUUGCCCCGUCGGGGGGACACCACGGACGGUCCUCAUCUGCCGUUACUGCACUGGACUUUCACUUUGUUAACCACAAUGCAGCCAUCGCUUCUGCAACUCUGCCUCCACCUCGGAAAGCUCCUGCCCAUGUUCAUGUUGGCACCCUCUACCACCAGGCACUGUCAGACUAUAGCCACAUUCAUGGCACAGAAUGCAUGUCACCCCAGCAUCGCAGUAUAUCUCAGGAUCAUUUAGCUGAGCUGGGGUUGGGCUUGACAGUUACUCCCAAACCAUCAGCUACUGCUGUUGCUUCUUUAGAGCAACGGAGAAGGGAAACCCUCCUACACCACCAGGCAGCUGCUGCUGCUCACUAUUCCUGUUGGUUCAGCAGCUGUGGUAGUUUAUCAGGACCAGCAAAGAAGUCCUGUUCAGAGACCCUGCUGGCAGCCUAUGCCGAAUAUGAGCACAACUACGGACGUUCUAUGGAAACACUGGCCCAAGCCUCCGCUCUGGUCACUGCACAUUCUGAACCAACUUCGCAAAGCUCCAACAUGACAAAAUUCAACAUUCAGAAAGACCUAAGAACCUCGGAACCUCAGCACCAAAACACAGUAAAAUCAUCUAUCACAACCUCUUCUACAGGGCCUCCCAGUGAGAGACAGUCAGGUCAGCAAGUAGCAGAGCCCCAGAAAAGGAGAGGAAGAGAGGAAGAGCAAGUGGGCUACAAAAGUUACAGCCCUACUUUUUCUCACAAAGCUGGUCAUGUCUUUCAGCAAGCCCACUCCUUUAGAGAGCCUGGCUACAGCAGCCCUCACUUUGACUGGAGGCCUGCCACCAGUAGCAGCCCUGCUGAUACUGAUGUAGGGUCCAAGUUCAUCACCCCUCAGUCUGCAUCAGAGGAGGAGAUAAUGGAGCUUGGGGAACACAGAGAAGUCAUCUCUCCUGUAUCCACGACUCAAGAGGUGGUCCUUAGGCAGAAGCUGCCUCCAGGUUGUCAUACCCCCAUUCAGACUCUGCAACAUCCGCACUACACCACACCUGAGGAGCUGCCUGGUUUGACACCCUGCACCUCUCCUGUCCCUGCAACGACUGUUCCCAACCGCAGGUCCAGCGGCAACCUGGCACAGAAUGCAUUUGAUUCCUUAUCCUCUAUUCCCUUCAUAGGUAGUAUUAAAAAUCGACGCUCCUCUUACCUACUCGCCAUCACCACUGAGAGAUCCAGGUCCUGUGACGAGGGUCUCAACACCUUCAGGGAAGAAAGCCCUGUCUUCUCUAAACUACCGAAAAGGGUCAAGAGCUUUUUCACGGAUGGGUCUUUGGAAAGUCUGCAAGCCCAAGAGGACGCCCGAUCCAAGCGCCACUCCACCUCUGAGCUGGGUAUCAUCACCUUCAGUGAUGUUCACAAGGAGGGCUGGCUGCACUACAAACAGAUUCUCACAGAGAAGGGAAAGAAAGUUGGUGGGAGUAUGCGACCCUGGAGACGCGCCUUCUCUGUUCUCCGCUCCCAUUCACUCUUCCUUUACAAAGACAAGCGAGAUGCAGUGAUUCACGGGGCAGGAGCAGAACCCGGUCAGGUUGAACAUUGUCCAAUCAGCAUCCGCUGCUGCUUGAUUGACAUUGCCUACAGUGAAACCAAACGGAAACACACCUUGAGGUUGACCACACAGGAUUUCUGCGAGUACCUGCUUCAGGCUGAGGAUAACGAUGACAUGCUGGCAUGGAUCAAGGUUAUUAGGGAGAAUAGCAAAACAGAUAACGAGGAGAUUGGUUUCUCAAGACAGGCUCUCAUCAACAAGAAGCUGAAUGACUACAAGAAACACAGUCUGACAGGUAGUAAGCUAGACUCCUCUCCCAGAGCCCAUCGUAUGAUGCCGCCCUUCUUUCUGGCAAAAACUGACAACACUUCAGUGAACAGAGCUUCCAGAUCUGGAGGAUCUAAACAUGACUCUGAUGAUAACAAGGCACUGUGGAGCAUCAACAUCAUGAAGAAGGCCAAGAAGACAGGUGUUCCAAAGGCUUUUGGUGUACGACUCGAGGACUGUCAGCCUGCUGUCAACCAUAAAUUUGUUCCUCUAAUAGUGGAGAUGUGUUGUGGUGUCGUAGAGGCAACUGGUCUGGAGUACACUGGUAUAUACCGUGUACCGGGCAACAAUGCCAUGGUGUCUAACUUGCAGGAGCAUCUCAACAAGGGCAUGGACUUGAACACUGCUGAAGAGAGAUGGCAAGACCUGAAUGUUAUCAGCAGUCUACUUAAAACAUUCUUCCGAAAACUGCCUGAGCCUCUGUUUACUGAUGAUAAAUACAAUCACUUCAUUGAUGCCAACCGGAUUGAAGAUGGAGAAGAGAGAUUAAAGACAAUGAAGAAACUGAUCCAUGAACUCCCAGAUCAUUAUUAUCACACCCUUAAGUUUCUGUUGGGUCACCUUAAGAAGGUAGCAGAUCACUCUGAAAAAAAUAAGAUGGAGCCAAGAAAUCUAGCCCUGGUGUUUGGACCCACUCUGGUGAGGACAUCAGAGGACAACAUGACAGACAUGGUCACCCACAUGCCUGAUCGCUACAAAAUAGUAGAGACCCUUAUCCUGCAUUAUGACUGGUUCUUCAGUAAUGAAGAGCUUGAUAAGGAAGAGAAGGCCCCAGAUGAUAAUUGGGACAUACAGCCUUUGCCCAACAUUGACCAUCUGCUGACCAACAUUGGCAAGCCGGGCAUGCCAAGAGAGGCAUCAGGUUCCACCACCAGCGAUUCUCUUAAGUUAAAGCUUUCCUCUGCAUCCAAAAAAGAUCCAAACACCAAGUCCAUCAUCGCUGCCGUCACCCACAAACAUAAAAAAAGUCCAAGUAUCCACACAGUGAGCAGAAACACUGAUGAGAAUUCUGCGCAUGAACCAGCCAAAGCCAGCAAAUAUGGUGAAGAAGGAGGGGUAGGGGAAAAAGAAGACAGAGGAGAGCUAGAUGAAGUUGAGGGAGAACAAACCAUCCUUAAAACUGACGAAAGGAUAGAGGGAAAGAUCUCACUGGUAGGAGGAGAAGAAGCUAAAGCAAAAGUGAGAGAAGGAGCAGGCAGUGAUGCAAAGAGGUCAAAAAGGAGGAACAGCCAAAGAACGAACUUACCGCCAUCACAGCUUUAUCCAAAUAGAGGCUCUGACUCAACCCAUCAGAUCCACACCGCAUGCUCAAAAUCACCACCUCUCAGGAACGCUCCUUCCCAUUUUAAACACAGUCUGGCCAGAGGAUAUCAGACCAUUCCUUUCUGGGUAUUACCCACCAGGUCAUGCAACGUCAGCAGCCAGAGUGAAACUGCUCAGCACCAGUCAGCACCAAUCUGCUAUAGGAAAACUAGAGGUGGGAGGACAAGGGCUGUGUCCAUGAAUCUUGACCUUGAGCUGGGCAGGAAUGAGGAUAGUGUAAGAGGAUGUAGAGAUGAUGGUGUGAAGGUAGUCAGAAUGACUGAGGGAGAGCCAGGUCCCAGGUCCCUACCUCACUGUGCACAGAAGGUUCCCCUUCUCAUCUCCUCUUCAUCAGGAUGGAUAGAUCAGAGUUCCUCAGGACAUUCCACUGUCGUCCUAAGGAGAUCAGGCCUAGACCUGCAGGACAAGAUGAGAGCAUGGCGUCGCCACACAGUGGUAGUUUAACCAGUCUGUUUCAUCCACACUAAUGAAUACCAAGCACUUGGCCUUUACUCACUAACACUGUGUCUCAGUUGUCACCACAAGCAGAAAACUGUCUCCAGAAUAUUCUAUUGGAGAUGUAAUGUGUCACUGGAAAAAAAUGUCAUUGUGUGCAAUUGCAAUGUCAUUCCAAAGUGACAACAAUAAUGCACGGUACUGGGAUUUUUAUCUUAUUUUCACAUACUGCACUCCCCCCCAUGUGCUGCAGAUUUUUCUCUCCUACAAACAUGGUCAGAAAUAAAACUGCUUAAAAAAAUCAAAUACACACUUCUUCAAAAAUGAGGAAAGAAAUAGCACUCCUGACAACAACUGAUGUCAUAGACACUUCAUAUAAACCACAUAAAAGAUGGAGGCUAGCUACAUUAGUGAGAAAGCUGCAUUCAUAAUCUUGUGAACCAAAAGAAAAUCCACGCACAUCUUCAUCUGUCAAUGGAGCAGGUGCAGUGCUGAAGGAAUGAGAUGAAGAAGAAAUAAUGGUUUGCACACUACAGAACUCUAGAUUCCUCAUUUAUUGUAUGCAAUAAAUAAAGAGGCUGCAACCUUUUGGAAUGAAAAUCUACAACAGUAUAAAUGUAAAAGUGCUAUGUGGUAAUAUACAUUUGAGAGAAAACCACAGCAGACAUUUGAGAUUUAGCUGAAGAGCUGUUGCUGCUCUAGUUAUAGCAAGUCACAGUAAAGAUGUCAUCUUUUUUUUCCUCUGCAGCCUGACUCUGGAAUACUUUAACUGGUGUUCCUUUUGCCUACUGGUUUUGACUAAUCACCACGCAGUCUCUCGCUGGAUGAUUGGACUUUUUAGACUUAAAAAUACCUGCAUGGUCAAGACAAAUACAAAUAUGCAAACCUAGAGUAUACAGUAAGACUAUUGUGUUUCCCAGUAUGUGUGUGUGUGUGUGUGUUGCAUGAGGAGGGCCAGAGCUAUAAUAAAACCUGUUUCGUCAUACGUUUUCAAGGCAGCUAUAUGAAGUCAUGCCAAUUUUUUGUGUUUUUUCUCUGUUUGUGUAAUCAUACGGUGUCAGCAGUGUGCAAACAUGAUAAAUAUUUGUUGUUUAUCAUAUUGUGAACUCAUACUUAAUUUCAGUGUUACAGAGACAAGAAAGCAGCUAAAAGCAGAAAGCAGACCAUGUCCUUAAAACCAAAACCACACAGUCUCAUCUGAGUGAUGUUAGCUUUUUGUUCUUUUUCACAGUUUCAGUAUUUUUUUGAUUCCUUCCCAGAAGGUUCCCCUGUUUUGUAAACACAAGUUUCAGGAAUGAAAAAUUGGAAUGGUUAAAAAAAAUGUGUGCGACCUCAACCCAAACUCCAUGUUUGUAUAUCUAGAAUCCAUCUGUCUUCUCUGUCUGUGCCCUUGUGCAUGUAACUCUGCGUGGACCAAUUUUGCAACAGUUGUACAAAGUCUUGUUAACCUGUGUAUAUAAAUAUUAUACAUAUUAAAUUAUUUGUUUUGAAA